AUGGAGAGGUACCAGGUUGAUGAUGAUUGUCUUGAAGGGUUGUAUGCGGAAAGGAACAUGUGGGUUCCUGCGUAUGUGAAGCAUUUAUUUUGGGCUGGCAUGAAGACGACCCAACGAGUUGAAAGUAUAAACAGCUUUUUUGACCAAUUUGUACACAAGCAUACUCAUUUGUAUGAGUUUGUUGAGGCUUAUUGUGAAGCAAUGGAGGCAAGGGCAAAUGAAGAAAUUAUGGCAGAUACGAGUACUACGAGAAAUUUGAGGCAAAUUGUCACCUGUUUCCCAGUCGAGGAACUUUUCCAGAAAAUAUACACAUACGCCAAAUUUCAUGAGGUCCAAAGAGAGUGUAGUAGGGUACUGUAUGUGCGGUGUUUGAGUAAGAAAAUGUUGGAAGAGUCUGUUGAAGAGUACGAGCUUAAGGAUAGGAUAAGCCUGUUGAGGCGUACAUUUAUAAAGCCCCCCUCAACAGACAAGCCUGUUGAGGCGAACAUUAAAUUGCCCCCCUCAAUAGACAAGCCUGUUGAGGCGAACAUUAAAUUGCCCCCCUCAACAGACAAGCCUGUUGAGGAAAACAUUGUGUUGCCGCCCCAACUAGCAGUCUUAAUCAACAGCACGCAUAUGAUAUUGGUUUAUGACUUGAAUAACCAGACUAAAGUUCCUGGCAAGUACAUACUUCAUCGUUGGCAGAAAGAUGUUGAAAGGAAGCAUACGAAGGUCAAGGUGAUGUACCACGACCCAUUGAAGACAGAAGUUGUGUGUAGGUACGAUAAGCUAAUGGUGUUGUUUGAGCCUUUACUUUCAAAGGCAGCUAGCUACAAAGAGUCAAUGGAUGUUGUUGUUGAAAUAUCUCACUUGUUGGCAAUGCGUUUGGAUGAGAAGAUUGCAAUGCUUGACAGGCAAAAAUGA